UUUGAAACCAAAAGAGGAAGUUAUAUUGUUUGGAAAAAAUAUAAUCACCAACAACGUAGACAUUUAAAAUUUAGUUUUCUGUAAAUUUACCAGGAUGUUUCAUACACCAGAUUACUAUCACAAUAUAUCCAUGAGACUGUCUGAGGUCCUGGAUGAUAUUGGAGUAAAUGAAAAUAUUGUGAUGAAGAGGAGGAGGACAGCUUUACUGACAGAAACUAUGUGGAAAAUCCCACAUAGAGCUGAUGGUAGACAACUUACUGUUUAUAAUUUAGGCAGUCUAUCAGAAGGCACCACAACAAUAGGACUGGAAUCAGAUACUGACAUACUUUACUGUCUAGAUGAUAGCAUUGUGAUACAGGACUGGUCUGAAUGGACUCCAGGUAAUAGUAACUUCCUGAUGAUCCACAAUGAAACAACACCACAUGGUUAUUGUCUUCUACAGUUACUAAGGAAGGAUGCUCCACUUCCUGCUACAGUUGAAAUGGAUAAUGACUUUGUAAAAGAUAUGCAUGGACGGAUCUUAAUGAAGAACACAAUAACUGAUACUGUAAUGAUAGAAGGAGAACAGCGACAAGGACCAUCACAUGCAUCAGCUGCAAAACCAGGUGUUCUUGCAAGUGACUCUGUAGCAGCAUUUCCUUGUAAAUCAUGGCCCCAGUAAGCAAGAGCUUGGCUGGACCAACAAGAAACAAAUACAUGGCCAACAACAGAAAUGAAGAGAUAUGCAAAAUCAACAAAGUGUUUUGCUGUUGGUGUUGGCAGCAGAGCAAGUGAAAUUGCAGCCUUUGAAUGGAGACUUUCUACUUCGUUAGCUGAACGCUGCUUGAUGUUCAAUUUGAAUAUUACUCAGAUAAAAUGUUACAACUUAAUGAAAAUGAUUCUUAAAAAAUACAUUAAUGUUGAAAAUCUUGACAAUGAAAGUUACAUUUCAAGUUUCAUGUGUAAAACUGUUUUAUUUCACUGUAUAGCAAGUAAACCUUCAUGUGUAUGGAAGGAGUGUAAUAUAUUAAACUGUUUAAAUUACUGUCUAUUUACACUGAACAAUUGUUUAUUAAAUGAACAUUGUCCCCAUUUCAUUGAUCAUGAAAACAAUUUAAUGGCAGGAAAAUUUUCUGCUGAAGUCAAACAGCAGUUACUUGAAAGAAUGUCAACUUUGAUACCAUUUGAUGGCAUUUCUCUUUUUGGAAUUCCGAUUGACAACCUUGGUGAAAGACUUCAGGUUAAGCUCAAUAUGAAAAAUGAAGUACAUCAUGCUAUGCCACAGCAAGACGAGUACACAAUGACUGUAACAGGUAAUUUAUUAGCUGAAUUAGCUAAAGAUGUUUUAAGAAUAGUGGAGAUAGGAGAUGGAAGUUUAGAAACACUAUUACAGAAAGUGAUAAAACUAAAAAGAUACUACAGAGCUGGUGACAUGCUUGAAAAGACAGCAUGCAGACUUCUAGUACCUCCACUUUGUACCUCAAUAGGAUCUCUGAUAGCGUCACAGAACAUUCAAAUUAACAACACAGUUUCUUCUGAAGCACUUACAUGGAUUGAAGCUGGACUGGACUCAGAUGUUGCUUCAAGUAGACUAAAACUUGCCUCUAUAAUGUACUGUGUAGGCAAUGCAGAAAUAGCUGCUUUAAUUCUUCCUCAUAUAGAAGAACAAUAUAAAACUGAAGUUACUGAGCCUAUGUGUGACUGCUACAUGUUUGAUAGACGUUACUGUAAGAAAGGAUUUGGUCGACUUUCUAGUCAAUAUGGUGUAGAGGUUUUAAAAUAUAUUGUUGCAUUUUGUGUAAAAUUUUUCACUUUAGAAAUAAACUGUGUACCACAUGAACUUCAGUAUGAAAUGUUUAGGUCAACACAAGAAGACCUGCUACAUAGAGGUGAAGAUGAUGACUGGAUGGACUGUGCGGUAGUAGACUCACUUCCAUACCUUUACUUUCUACAAUACAAGACAUACAGUUUCCUACAGAGACCCCAGGAACAGCAACAAGCACUGAACAAACUUGAGUGGGUCAUUAGAACAGAGCUCAACCUUGCACACAGAGAAACUGAAUUUAUUAGGACAGUGCAUGGAACAGGAGAACAGACCUGCUGAUGCUCUACAAUGUUACAUGUCAUCUUUAGGCCUCAGAGAAAGAAACAAUGCUGCUAGAUUUCAUAUAUGCAGAUGUUUGGCUAAUACAAUCUCAUAAAGAUCUACCUACCUGAACUGACCGGUUAUUCUGAUUUUUAACUGACACAAUGACAGAAAUGCUUCAUAUUUCAAAAAGUUGUUACUUUUGUUACGAGCCAUUGAGCUUGUUAUGAGCCAAGGACCCCAUUGGAAAUAAGUUGAAAAACUUUUUGGAUUAUCCUAUGGUAUAUAUAUGUCUCUAAAUUUAUAUAUGUUAAAAAGGGUAAGUUUCUUUAUUUUUAGCUCGACUAUUCGAAGAAUAAGUAGAGCUAUCCUACUCACCACGGCGUCGGCGUCGGCGUCACACCUUGGUUAAGUUUUUCGUACCAGUCCACAUUUUGACAAAGUCUUUUGAGAUAAAGCUUUGAAACUUUCAACACUUGUUUAACAUCAUCGUGGCCAGUUAUAGGCAAGAGCACAUAACUCCAUCGAGGAUUUUGGCUGAAUUAUGGCCCCUUUUGUCUUAGAAAUCAAGGUUAAGUUUUUCGUACCAGUUCAUAUUUUGACAAAGUCUUUUAAGAUAAAGCUUUGAAACUUUCAACACUUGUUAACCAUCACCAUGGCCAGUUAUAGGCAAGAGUACAUAACUCCAUCAGGAAUUUUGGCUAUAUUAUGGCCCUUUUUGACUUAGAAAUCUGGGUUAAUAUUUCGUACCAGUUCAUAUUUUGACAAAGUCUUUUGAGAUAAAGCUUUGAAACUUUCAACACCUGUUAACCAUCACCAUGUCCAGUUAUAGGCAAGAGUACAUAACUCCAUCAAGGAUUUUGGCUGAAUUAUGGCCCCUUUGACUUAGAAAUAUUGGUUAAGUUUUUCGUACCAGUUCAUAUUUUUUUUAGAAGUGUUUGACAUAUGGCUUUGAAACUUUUAUCACUUGUUUAGUAUAAUAGUCUCUAUCUGUAGGAAAGAACAUAACUCCGUCAUCUAUUUUGGCUGAAUUAUGGCUCUUUUUGGACUUUGAAAUUGGUUCUGUUUUCAUACAAGUCCUUGUUUUGUCAAAACUAUUUGACAUAUGGCUUUUAAACUUUAAACACUUGUUUAUCAUUAUGAUUUCCAUCUGUAGGCAAGAGUACAUAACUAUUUUGACUGAAUUAUGGCCCUUUUUGGACUUUGAAAUUUGCUCAGAUAUUGCCAUUUAGUGCAAGACUUAUCGAAAUCAAAGUAAUACCGGAACAUUGUUUGUCUAAUCCAUUUAUUUCUUUUGUCUGAAUAUCCGUUUCUUCAAUCAAUUCUUCGAAUAGUCGAGCGCGCUGCCAUCAGACAGCUGUUGUUUAAAUCAAUUAGAGAUAAAACCUGUAGCUAUUUCUGUGAUACAAUUGAAUGUUUGCUUGUAUUGGAGUUGUUCUUAAUGUGAUAUGUUUGUAAUCAUAAAAUUAUCAACACUUAUCAAUGAGACUGAAUAUCAGUAAAACUUUGUCUCCUAUUUUACUCACCCUAUCUA